AUGACAAUAUACGUCCUGCGCAUCACAGCCGCCGGUUACUACGGGCAAAUCCGCCAGAUAACGCAUGCGUCGCGCAAGCGGUUGCGUAGCUGCCUGCAUGACUCGGUCGUUGACGAGUCUCAAGCCUUGAUAGAGCUACAGGGACUAUUGCAGACCGCCACUGGGCUUGCAGGUGAGUUAGAGAAGGGCCUUGACGAGCUCGUGCGGUACUGCGAUAAGAGGGUAGUUAUGCAAUCGAUGGCCUUGGAUCUCAGCCAGCACCUCAAGACCAAAUUCUGGGUCAUGUUCUGGACGCAGACAUCCCGACAGGAUCGUGAGAAGAUAAUCAGUCCUGCUAUGAGACGAAACAUAUUCGUCGACGCUGCCACCGCCGUAGAAACUUGGUGCACCAUUGCCUCGAGCCCGGCCUGCGAACCCUACCAAUGGCACAUAACCUCGCACGCCGGCUUCUACCUCAUCCUCUACGUGCUCUCCGAGCUCCGCAGUCCCGCAUUCCAGGCGCCUGAGUGGGCGGAUCUUCGACAGCGUGGGCUUCAACUCGCCAACACCAUCUACGAGCUCCGCGGUCAGCAUACUACGGGCGCCUGGCCCGCAAUCAUCUGGUUAGCGAACCGUAUUCGGUUCCAGCAGGGUCUGACUGGGAAUUCUGGGCCUGGGGUGGCUGCUGGCACUGUUGCCGACGGUAAUGGUGUUGCUGGGCCCGGUGAUCCGUCGGAUAACCAGUCCAUGAUUAUGAAACCGGCUGGCCCUGUUGGUGCUGGGGGUAUUGAUGGUGCCCCCACGAUGGGCACGGCGGGGAUGGACUUUAAUACAGGAGAUCUUAUGGGGCUGAUCGAUUUAGAAGAACCUAACUUUUCGGACUUUAUUGUGAUGGAUGAGAUAGGGUUUCCGGGCUUUUUGCGGUGA